GGAUUUCUUUCAUUUUCCGCGCUACAUUGCACCGUGACUUACUCGAACAGGCCGUUACUGCAAGAGACAUAAUAAUAAUUAUUAGUUUUCGUUGAGAGGUUUUCGCGUUGGUUUUCCUUGCUGACCAACCAUUGAAAGAAAACGUUGGCGAGUACAGCUUUCCUAGGUGGGAAUUAGCUGGCAGGGUGACGAGCUGCUUUGACGAAGGCGGCAUGACCAGUAGCGAUUCUUGCUUGAGAAAACCAGCCCCUAAAACUAAAAGACUUCAGUGAUGAAUCUGUGUCCCGAUUUGACAGGCGGUUAUCGGCCAGUCGUUGCAACACUCUCUUCCUUGCCACUGCAAAUGUUCUUCUACUUCCAUGGCUGGUUUUUCGGAAUUGGAUGGAUUUGUGAAAUCCUGCUCCUCGUCUACAAGACUAUCGUUCUACCGUACCCUGAUCGAAAUCUGCGAGGCGAGAUUGUGUUCUUCAUCUUCCUGCUCUUCUUGGAGCUUGGCCGGCUCUUCUUGGGAAGUCAAGGUAACAUUACACAACACAAGGUGCCACUGAUUGUCUCACUGCUACUCUGCCUGCCUGUUCUCUUCUCCUACCUGUACAUCGUACUGUGGCAAACAUACGUAUUGCGUGUGGAACUGAUAAUUGGUUACUGGGCUCUAGCUAUGCUGGCCAUGGAGUGUGUUCUAGCCGGCCAUGUCUUGUUCAAGUUUAUAUGCCAUGACCAAGUGCUCUGAGGAUGCCACGGCGCAAUGAAGCAUGUGUGUAUCCUGUGGCUACACCAUCUUAACGUCUUAGCAAGACGAUGGAAUGGAGCAGUAUCAGGCUUAUCUGAGUGCCAUGACUAGGGCUACUGCUGUAUCAGUGUAUGGUGGGUUUCAGAAGUUUGACAUUAGAUUUAAGCACCAUUGAGUGUGUUAGCUGACUUCAAGUGCUUGGAAACAUGCUAACCGAGCAGUGCAGCCCUGCUAUUCACCGAGCAGUGCAGCCCUGCCAUUCACCGGGCGGUGCAGCCCUGCCAUUCAACAUUGCUCCUAGCUUACUCUCUCGGCAGCUCUCUCUCUCCGAGAGUGGUGAGCUCCCGUCGAGUCAAACGCCUUGUCAACAAUUCCAGUCCGUAGUGUUAGCGACUGAGCUCACCAUCACGCCGGUGAUUGAGCACACCUGAAGAUCAGUGUCGGCGGUUCCGUUCAGCAACCAAUUAAAUCAAGACGGAGCAGGCACUGGAGUACAUGUAUGCUGGUUAUGUUACAGGCAUUUCCUAUGCACUGGUCCUGCUGACACAGGUCGCAGGCAAGACAAGCUUUCCGAGUGACCAUUCAUAAUUGCCAGCCGCAUGAUGCCGACGUAGGAUGGGCGCAUGCUGGCGCUGAUCAGGGCAUGCAGGGCACUGAUCACUACGAGUUUGGAAGUGAGCCUCGUCGCAUGUUAGCCUGGAAAAAAGGAAGGUGGUUGCCGCCGGCACCGGGGCUCAUCUGGACUCAUGUUACUUUGCCAGGUACUUUGUCGCAUGCUCCUACCCUUUGCACACAUGCCCCGGAGUUAUUACCUUGUAUUCCAGUUCAGCAAUACUUUCAUCAGCAAUACUGCGCAGGCCGCAGUGUUGCCGGUAGUCAGAAUACUGAUUUCGAACUGCUGGUUCUUUUUUGACAUUUUCAAAUUGCCAUGGUUACACAUGUGGCCAUAUCAUUAUUUUGCAGUCGUUGUUUUCCCGUUUAUUUCUGGUGUUUGACCCAAUUAUUUUUCUGUCAGAUGCUAUUUCUAUAUUCAUUGGUCGAGGAAAGGGAAAACUAUGGGUUUUUUUAUGCCAAAGCAAACACCCCAGUAAAUCAAUUGAGGUUGACUGGCCAGGCUGAGCUUGUGGC